CCAGACGCCAAGCACCAGGGUCCCCAUGGAGCGAUUCGGGUGGACGACCUCUGUGAGGAACCAAACGACAAGCAGGAACCAGGCCGAGGCAGGCAACUGCUCUGGACGAGAACCUCCCACGCCAUGGUUGCGAGACGACCAGGGACUGGUCGCCACCGAGGCUUGGUCAGGAGGCAGCUGUGGAUUGGUCACCAACGAGGCCAGGUCCACCAUCGCCAUCGCCACCUGGACAGCAACGUGAGAAGGUGGCGACACCAUCGCCAUCUCCUGGACAGCAACGUGAUAAGGCGGCGACACCAUCGCCACCUCCUGGACAGCAACGUGAGAAGGCGGCGACACCAUCGCCAUCGCCACCUCCUGGACAGCAACGCGAGAAGGCGGCGACACCAUCGCCACCUCCUGGACAGCAACGUGAGGCGGCUGGGGAACUGUCGCCACCUCCUGGACAGGAACGUGAGAAGGCGGAGGCAGCAUCACCAACUCCACCUCCUCCUGGGCGGGAACGUGAGGCGGCUGGGGAACCGUUGCCACCUCCUGGACAGGAACGUGAGAAGGCAGUGUCAGUGUCACCGUCGCCACCUCCUGGACGGGAACGUAUGGGCGUGCCCGUCGCCGACAGACCAGGAACGGAGAGCGACCACGGGCCCGUCGCCGACAGAGCAGGAAUGGAGAGCGACCACGGGGCGGUCGCCACUGGUACUCCAGAGCACGGACAGGAAGCGGCUGAGGAGACGUUGCCACCUCCUGGACAGCAACGUGAGGCGGCAUCGGAGAGAGAGCUGGAGCCUAUCCCAGCUAACUUCGGUCUGUGGCAGAUUUCACCCCGGGCUGGUCGGCAGCAGAUUACACCCUGGGCUGGUUGGCGGCCAGUCGCGGUGCAGAUGUCGACACCAUCAUCGAGCGGGAGUUGAUCCCACGCUGCCUGCAUGCAUAACGGCCCUCUGAGGGAAACCCGAACUACAAUGUGGCUCGAAAUAGAAAUUAGUUUGACACCCCUGCACUACACCAUCAGAUUGAAAAAAAGAACUAAGUUACUAUGCUUUAAAAACUUUAUUAUUGCCAUUUGUCUAUUCAUCCAAUGUCUGUUUAUGAAUUAACAUCUACUGUACGUGCAGUAUUACCCAAACACUUGCAUAGACUGAGGAAGAGCUGAAUGACAUGGACAAAAUAGCAGAAAGAAAUGCUUUGCUCUGCUCCAAUUCAGUUACUGUUCCUGCCUGCAAUGAAGAAAUGUUUUGCUCUGCUCCAUCUCAGUAACUGUUUCUGCCUGCAAUGAAGUAUGCUUUGCUCUGUCUGCAAUGAAGACUGCUUUGCUCUGCUCUAGAAAACGUGGUCGCAAAUGUAGGAUAAACAGAGGGUAA